AUGUCAAUCAUAAAUUAAGAACUUUUACAAAAAGUAAUUCAACUAAUAGAUAGUUAACCCUCUCUUUAUGAACAAUUGAAUACAUCAGAAUUAGAUAAAGGAAUAGAUCUUAUCGAUAUCUAUUCUGUUUAUGGAGAUGUAGAUUAAAAUAUAUAUGAAGAACCAGGCGAAAUUUAGUUUAAUUUUGAAAUGGAAUAAGAGUAACCCUAUGAAGAAGUUAAGGAAAGCCUUCCAUAAUAGAAUUAGAAAAAAUAAACAAUUACAUUAGAUUACAUAAGAAAUUAUGACAAAUGUGAUUAAGCCUAUAGAAUAAUAGCGGAAACUUAAGGGGAACUUGAAGUAUUUUUGGAUAGGAAUCAAGAAAUAUAUCGUUCUUUUAAAAUCUGGAGUGAUUAAUUAAAUUAUGGAGAACUUUAUGCUAAAGACCCAAAGUAUAUAGAAAAGAUUAAAUUUACAUUGAUUCUUGUAAUUAUUAAGAUUAAACAUUAGUUAUCAGAAUGGUUAAUUGCUGUAUGUUAUUAGUCAUAAAUAAAAAAGAGAAUCUUAAUAUAAACCUAAACUUAACCAAGAGUUUAAUAUAAGGCAAAUAUAUUUUUGGAAUACAUUUAUGAAACUAGAAAAUUCAAUGAAAAUAAAAGGACUAAUGAAGUGAAACGAUAAACUUAGCAUGAAAUUUUAUUAGCUGCAACUCCAGACAUGGCUUAUGUUUUAUCUGAAGGAUUUAUUAUUUCUAAAUUAACUAAUCAGUUGAUUGCUCCUAUCUAAGGGGGUUAUUGUAGAAUAAAAGAUUGGUUAAUAGCCGUCAGGGGAAUUGCAAACCUAAAUAUCAAAGAGUUUUAGGAACUGCUUAAGUUGAGUAGAGAAUAUUUUUCUCAAUAGAGUACUAUUUGA